AAGUGUUUCAGGAAGUUUACAGGAAGGUGUAAACAAAAAGCACAGCUGUCCAUCUCUUCGAUGAAUUCAGUCCGUGGUGGAGAAAAAUACUUUAAUGUGGACAAGGAAGGGAACCGGUCAUUAUUGCAGCAACGUAGGUUACCGUUAGCCCUUUGCUAAAUGAUCUAGUGCUACAAGACCUAGCUCGCUGGCUAACGUCAGCUAAGUUAACGUUAGCACUAACGUUAGCUGUUGUGUGUAUCAAGGGACAAAAACAACCGUUAACGUGGGGGAACAACAACAUACGCAUUUUUGUGAACGGCACUAGAACUAUUGGAGUUGGUGUAAGCGAAUUGCAUCUUUGUCUUUAUCAGGUAGUUCUAGUCAAUCAAGUGAAGCCUUUAUCGGCAUCCCCAGCCAUUGGAGUGAACGGCUAAAACGAACGUAGCUAGCUAACGUUAAGUUAGACCACUUCUAUUGUGGAAAUAGCUUGCUAGCUAUCAAGGUAACUUGCACCUUGGCAGCGGCCCAGACUCGAGCAACCUUGUCAUCAUGUCCACCUCGAACUUCAAGAACAAAUGCGUGACUCAACUGAACUGCAUAUACUGUGAUAGUCUUCUUUGUACAAGAGGAAUGAAAGCUGUACUCCUAGCCGACACGGAAAUAGAGCUGUUUUCAACGGACAUCCCACCAAAUAGAACUGUUGACUUUGUUGCCAGCUGCUACUCAACAGAUAGUUGCAAAUGCAAACUGAGAGAUAUAGCCUGCUUAAAAUGUGGUAAUGUUGUUGGUUAUCACGUGGUGGCCCCUUGCAAGCCGUGCCUGCUGUCCUGUAACAAUGGCCACUUCUGGAUGUUCAACAGUGAAGCGGUCUCCACCGUCAACAGGCUGGACGCUACAGGGCUGAACCUACUGCUGUGGGGGGACCUUCCAGAGCUGGAAUGCAGCGAGGACGAGAGCCCAUACUGCGGCCCAGAGGAGAACUACAUCAGAUAAACUCCCUACACACACACAAACCUCCCCAUACUAUGGCCCAGAUGAGGACUACAUCAAAUAAACUCCCCAUCCCAAACACCCUCCACAUACUAACAUACACACACACCCCAACCUUCUAUAUUGCGGCCCAGAGGAGGAUUGCAUCAGAUACACACACACACAUCUCCCAGACUGCAGCGCACAGGACUAGGGGACCACUGAAGAGUCUGGAUAUGGACACCCCAUCCCUCUCCUCUCCUCUCCUCUCCUCUCUGCUCCUCUCCGCUCAAAUGCAACCUCAGACAAACCAUUAGUGGCUGCACAGAUUCACACCAACAUGCCCUCCUCUCUUCAACCACGUGUCGUAUUGAUAAGCACAUUAGUCAGACCACCCGUGUUGAAGGUCUUAAUCAUUUCACCAAAUUAUUUUUUUAUUCUUAUUAUUGUCAUUCAGAAAGGACAAAAGUUAUUAUUGAGAGACUUUUUUAUUUUUAUUUUAUGUGGUGUUUAUUAAUGGCAUAGCCCAUUAUAACUAAUUUCUGCUGCCAGGGACGUAGUUGAAAGCCUGUGUAUUCACUUUGGACUGAAUACUCCACACUGCUGUUUCAUUUCCCAAUACUGAGUGAUGUUCCUCCUGAUGAAAGAUGCUGUUGGAUGUUUCCGGUACUACGAGUGUGAGCUUGAGGUGCAGGUGUUUCGUCAUAGACGGUUGACCACACUGAUUCUAAGUGAAAACCUUCUUUUUGGUCUUAAAGUAGUUUAGCGUGUUGAUUGGUGAACCUGCGGAAGCAUUGUGCUUCCAAACAAGUCUUGCAUCUGAAUAUACUGUAUAUAUACGGGAUGGUGAAUGGGUCCGCACAGGGUUUGUGGCUUUUGGCAAACUAAUAUUCUUUUUUUUUCUAUCGUUUAUUUCUGAUGACACUGUAGAUGUUCUCAUGCUUUAGUUCAGUUCUGUCGGAACUGAAUGGGUCCAACAGCCGCUGCUGCUGCUAGUGAAUGCUGAUUGGUUCAGAGGAGCCGUCCUCUGCAUCUGCCUCGGCCGGCCGGCGUGUGUGUGUGUGUGUGCGUGUGUGUGUGUGCCGGGCGGCUCGUGAUCCGGUGGGGAAGAGAAAGCCCUGGAGGAGGAGGGCUGUGUUGUGACAACAGGAUUUGCAAAUAGACUCCAAGAGAGAAUGCAAGUAAUUUGUUUACAUGUUGUCUUAAAGUUACACUGUGUCAUAUUUUGGGCCAAAGUAAAAUCAUGAUACCUACUCAGAUUGCUUGCUUAUAUGUAAGGAAUUCUUUAUAUACAGUAACAUGCUAGCAAUUGGCAGAUAUUUUUUGUUAGCUUUUUUAGUUUGAGUAUAGAAUCGUCAUGUAGCACUUGUCCCUCUUGGCACACCGUAGCAUGGGGAUUUAGACCACAUUGGGUCUCGUAUUGGUUUUACUUUGCAUACAUUCGGUUGGGCUGACCUAACGGAGUCCCUGACCAGGAAAUGUGUGCCCUGAGUUAGUACGACUUGUCAGGGAAAGAGCUUGAACUACCAUAGCACGAAGCCUUCUCCAGCAGCGACUAAUAGCAAAGAGAUCCAGCGCCUCAGUUUACCCGUGUCCAUUUUGGGAGUCACCUGUGUACCAAACCUGACUACCUGUUCAUCUGUCCUAUUGCGUAUAUGCGUCCUAUUGACUAUUCAAGUCUUAUUGAAUAUUAUAGUUGUGAAUGAUAUGUACCUGAGCAAACACCUGCUGUGACAUUCCAGCAUAGAUCCUUGCAGAGGUAGACCACUGUGAGAGUGUGCCGUACUUGCAACCCUUAGUCUGAUAAUGGAAAGUUCCCUGAACGAGUUGCUGAACAACUGACUUAAUUUAAUGGAGAGAUCGUUUUAAACACUCUCUUAGGUACCAGGAUGGAUUCUAAGUGGCUCGUUCAGGACACAGCCCAGGUCAGUCAGAAGAAACAUUGUUUACACAGCUCCCAUACCAACAUGUCAAAGUGAAUGAUAACGUACAUUCUGUCGGCAGAUUUUGCGCAUUCUCAUACUGGACAAAACAAUAAUGUUUAACGAUUGAUCACGUUUAACGGCUCUUUAAGGACACUGUUCCAAUGACGGAUGCAUGCUUGCUCAUCACACAGUCACUGGUGAUGUUUGAUAGCCUAAUCAGUCAUCCCGGGCAGGCCAGCCUGUACAAAUCAGCACGGACACAGUGACGUCACUGUCUGUGCACGGGACUGAGAAAAGAAAUCAGCUGUGACAGUGGUUAUCUUACUAUCCUGGUUUUAGGUUGACCGGUUUGCUGGAGUCAGACGACUUGAUUGAUUGAUUGUUUGAUUUGUAUGUAUGUAGCUGUAUUCGAACGGUGCACCCCACAUAUUUGCAAUAGCUGAAUUUGUACAGGCUUUUUGGGAAAGUGAAAUAUUUAUCUGAAAUAGUAGCACAAAAAAGGUACAAUCAGAACAUGUUGCAGAAAUUGAAUGAUGGGUGAAAUAUUUUGUCCUACUAAUUAUAUUUAUUUCAAGAUUUUGACUUUUUUUCUGACAACCACACUUUAUUUUAUUGUAUUUUUGAAUUUUGUAUAUUUCUCAAAUUCACUUGUGUAUGCGCAUUUCAUUGUAAACAUUCACACACUUUCUGAGACAUUAUUUUGAUUGAGUUUACUAGUGACAUCCAAUGUAAAUCAUCCAUUUGAGUUUCACACAAAAUACAAAAAAGACCAAACCAGGACUUCUGGAAAAAGAACAUUAUUUUGUAACUUGAAAAUAUAAUAACAAAAAGAAAUAUAUGUGGAUUAAUUUAUCAGAAGUUUGAAUGUAUGUAUUUAUUAACAUGAUUCUGUAUUUAUACGUGUGUGUGUGUGUGUGUGUGGGCGCGUCAGGGGGUGGUUUGUAUGUUUGAAGUUUGCACUGAAAUUCUUUUAAAUUGAACUUUGAGUUUGGUUUCAAUACUCACAUGACAUUAAACCUUUUGUUUUGUUUUUUUUUAACAACGUGUGUGCGUUACACUUCUUUCAUCAGGGCAGAGAUCAAUACGAGUUCCGUUUAAAAGGAGAGUUUUCAUCAGGGCAGAGUUCCAUAAGAGGAGAGUUUUAAAAGAGAGAGAGUUUUGCUGUUGUACAGUGAGGCCAG